GUAUUUCGUUCAUUUUAUUGAAAAGCCAUACUCGGCUCAAAUAACACAAAUAAAAGAUUUGUCACCUGAAGUUUUAGCUACAGAUUCCAAAUAAAGUUAUAGAAUCUUUUCAAAACUGGAAUAUCGGGUAGGGAAAGGAUAUCUUAGGCAGAGCUUCAAUAAAAAAUAACUUGGGAACUACAGCAAGUAACAAUCAAAGGCGUGCAACGUGUGUAUGUGUGUGGGCGCUGCGUAAGCCACAAAACGAACAAACGCCUCUAACAUGGUGGGGAUUAUUGAUGAGGCGCAGCUGUUUUAUCCGCUCGGGACUCGCAUCAAAAUAGCUGAGAACUACGGCACCGUCCGAUAUGUAGGAGAGGUGAGCGGACAUAUGGGGACCUGGCUGGGCAUCGAGUGGGACGAUGGACUUCGCGGCAAGCACAAUGGAGUCGUCAAUGGCAAGCGCUACUUCCAGACGCAGAUGCCCACAGCAGGCAGCUUUAUAAGGCCGGGCAAGGUUGGGCCAUGUGCAACCUUGGAGGACGCUGCCCGCGAGAGGUACCUGAACUACGACUCAAGCAACGUGGAUGAGUCGCUUAUCCGGGAGGCGCAGGCUAGCCUGCAGGCAUCCCUUUUCGAGGUCGUGGGCAUGGACAAGAUCGCACGAAAGCAAAGCAAGUUUGAGCAGCUGUCUGAGGUGAGCGUUGAAAAGACGCCUGUAAAUGCGGCCGGAUACUUACAGGGCUUGACCCAGCUGACUACGCUAAACGUAAGCCACACUUUGAUCUGGAACUGGGAGAUUGUGGCCAGCAUAACUCAGCAACUGCCCUCGCUCACUAGCCUAAAUCUGAGUUCCAACCGUUUGGUACAGCCAACCGUAACCCAAAUUGCUGAGCUGCAGCCGUCUUUUCGUCACCUUAAGCGCAUAAAUUUACGCAACUGUGGAUUCUCCGACUGGAACGAUGUGAUGCAUACCGCGCUGCUCUGGCCGGAUAUUUUAUCGCUAGGACUGCAGGAAAACUCCUUCAGUCAGUUGGCCGUUGUCGAUCGCCAGAGCAUUUUUAGGCAGCUCCAGGAGCUCGACUUGCACCGCACGAAUAUAAUGGAUUUUGACCAGGUGCUCAAGCUAGGAAACCUCAUGACACUACGCUUAUUAAACCUCAUGGAAAACGGUAUCGAGGAAAUCAAGUUGCCUGACUGUGAUCCGCUUGCAAAGCUGAAUAUAUUUGUUUCGCUGGAGCAGCUGAACCUUCUCCACAAUCCCAUUUGGAAUGAGGCUGACGUGUUCAACGAGCUGGACAAGCUUCCGCAGCUAAAACGCCUGAACAAGACCCCGCAUUUGAAGUCAAAUUUCUAUGAAAUGUUCUCCAAGGCUGUGGCGAGCAUAGGUGGACUUCAGUUCAUCAAUAAGGCCGAAGUGACGGCGGAAGAGAGGCGCGGAGCUGAGUAUGACAUUUGGAAGAAAUAUGCAAUGGAUUGGAUGCAGGCGACUCAUCAAGGAGCGGAUGCCUUACGCGAGUUUUGCAGAAGGCAUCGCACUUAUGCGUCGCUGGUUAAAAAGUACGGUUCUCCGGCUGAUUUUGUGCCGCGUGCUCAAGCUAAGCAAUCGAAUUUGAUAAAGGUGUGCAUACGGCAUCAGAAAUCGGGAGAGAUCUGGGAUAAGAAAGUGCCGCGAAUGAUUACAGUGCAAACCCUGCAAGGAUUAGUCAUGAAGCGGUUUGGCCUUAGUGGAACCGUUCCCCAGCUGUCUUACGUUGAUGCCAAGCAUCCGAGUCUGGUGGUUCCGUUGGACAACAUGGCGAAGACCCUAGACUUUUACUCAGUGCAGGAGCACGACACAGUUUUAGUUCAGUGAUUGUAACAGCUCCCCAGUUUAACGUGGCGUCCACAUUCUCAAUUUCGUAUUCCGUAUAUUUCGUAUUGUUAGUUUAAGGCAUUCGAUAAAGAAUCAAAAUUGUAUUUUCACAUCGGACGACCGUAUAAUGUUAAAUUACUAAUGUUAUCUUUAGGCAUUGAUAAGUUGAAUUUACCACUAAGCAGUUACACACGAUAUUUUAUUUAUUUUUGCUUUUUCAAAAAGUAAACCGUUGCUUAACCCCUAAAA